GAGGAGUGUCAGGCAGCAUAAAUUUCAGCAUACAAAAUUCCACACACUCGCAGCGCGUCGCAGAUACUUUUCGGCAAAGUUUUCCGCAGGAAAAGCCAGUGUAAAUAAUUUGAAAUCCCACGAUAAAUGGCCUACAGUUCCUCUUAGUAAUUAGAAGUUUGGUGUAAAUAAAUAUGAUGUUCGUUUAGCGUUAAAUUAGUGAAAAUUGAAUAAAACAGAAGGAAGAAUAGACGACAAACGUAAAUAAAAGACAGCCAGAACGAGAGGUGCAGAGUGACGAGCGGCAGACAGAGCGGGAGAGCAACGUGUCGAGCAACAAAUUAAUAAUAAAGAAAAAGAAACACAAAUUGAAAACAACAACAAAAGCCGAAGCAGCAGCGAUUCUGGAUUUCUAGAGGCAGCGGCACAUUCAAAAGAUGGGCUGUGGACAGAGCAAGAUACACUUGUAUCCCAGGAAAUCGAAGAGUAAAGCGAACGGCAAGAAAGGGGGACAUGCUGACUCAGAUGCCGAAACGGACGAGGACGAAGGCCACAUCGAAGAUGCCGAGAAGGCACAACAACGCGACCGCGAGAAGCACGACGAGAGCGAGGAGCUAAGCAAUAAGGACAUCCAGGACAGCGACGAGGACGUGGCCGUCUCCCUGCUGCGUGCCAAGAACCUGUCGCUGCUCCAAAGCCAGGAAAUAUCAUCUAGCCAACAGAACUUCUUCCGCAUGCUGGACAAGAAGAUCGAUGAGGGUCCCGACUACGACUCGGCCAGCGAGACGGAGAUCGCUUUGGAAGAGGCCCGACUGAACGCCCUGCGCCAGCACUGGGAGUCCGCCAGCAUCACGGCCUCCAUCUGCUCCUCGGCCAGCCGCUCGCUGCAGACGACGCCCAUCCGCCAGGUGCAGGUGCCGCUGAAGCAGCCACCCCGUGGCGCCGGCCUGCUGCUCCAGCCUUCCAGUGCGGCGGCGGUCACCGCCUCCUCCUCGACGAUAGUCACGCUGCCCACGACGGAGUAUCUACCUCAGCAUGUUUUGGCGGGGCGGCAGCAGCAACAGGCAGCGGUGCUCUACCAGCAGCAGCAGCAACAAUUAAUCCUGCUGCCCCAGUUGGAUCCCAAUGUUGUCAACACGUCCACGGCGGCGGCAGCGGCCCAACUUGCCCAGUUGCAGCAGCAACAUCAACAGCAGCAGCAGCAGCAGCAGCAACAGCAGCAACUCUACCAGCAGCAACAGCUAUUGCUGUCCCUUCCCGCCGGAACCAAGCCGCAGAGCGUGAGUCCAAAACGCCUGAUCUAUGGCAGUACCGUUGCAGCUGGUCCGCCGGGCAGUACCGCCUGCCCACCGCCGGCCCCGCCUCCUUCCGUUCAGUAUAUUGCCGCCGGCUCGAGCGGCGGUUUCCUCAAUGGCGCCGGCGCCAUCUCCGGAAUCGCAGCGGGACGAGGGCCCCUGCAGCUGGCCUACUACGGUGCCGCCCCCCCGAGCACUGCCCCCCCGACGGCGACGGCCGCUCCCAACGCCCCCGAAACGUACGAACCGCCAACCGCUCCACACAGCCAAAGUCAGCAGCAACAGCCGCCGCCGCCUCCGCCGGGCGCCUACUACGGCGAGAUGAUGCACGGCGUACAGCCCGCUCCGGCGGCGGAGUACAAGUUCCCGCCGGCCAUCAGCGUGCAGCGAUUGGCGCCGCAGGUUCAGCGGCAGCUGCGCGAGACGCAGGAACUCAUAAAAGACUCGUGCCCGCAGCUGUAUGCGGCGGGCUAUGGCAGCCCAGGACCACCGAUACGCAAUCCCAGCAGGAACCCCACUAGAACUAGACCCACCCUGGAGACGCAGUUCUCGCAGGAACUCUCGUGAUAUCUAUAUAUGUAAACAGCCAGCAGACGGAGGAUGCACCCACAUUCAGACAGACAGUUGCAAGACAAAACUGUAGCCAAAGAUGAAAACUAAAAUUAACCAAAAUUAUAAACGAACCCCAUGACGAAAAACCAAGGAAAAGCAACAACAAAAAAAAAAAGAAAA